ACUUUACUUUACCCUUUUUUUAAUAUUUUUCAUUUUCCAUCUCAUUAUUUUCUUGGCUUAUCAAAGUCAACAACUUGCAAAUGGCAACUCACGACAAAACAAACCCAAAUGGACUGAAAUCUGACGGCCCAGAACCACCCUGUCCCCACACGUGCGAGCCGCAGGAUGUUUUUUUUUUGGGUUCACCUGCUCUUACCAUAAUCAUGAGAAGUAGAAUCAAAAGCAAGAGCCUUGGACGGACAGAGUUUGGAUUCUAAGAUUGUUUGUUUGAGUUAAACACGACAAACUCAUAUACGUGUGCAUUACAUUUCUUCCCUCUUCCUCCUCCUCUUCUUCUCUAUCUCCCUCUCUCUCUCUCUCUCUCUUACCUUCCGUUUUUUAGUUGGAUUCCUCGGCUUUUUAGAUUCCGUUUCAGGUUUUUCCCAAUUCCAAAGACUCAUCAUCGUCAUCCCUUUAUAGAUUCACUUGGGACUCGAAAGCUAUGUCUUCAUCUUCUCGUGUUCUUCCCACUCCCCUAGAAAACAAGUAUAUGAAACCCCCAGACUCUUGUCAUCUUUCACCUGCCAGUGAUCUGGCUGCAAAUUCUGUCUCGUCAAAUUCAAUAACAAGUGCUGGGAAGAUCAUCUCAUCACCCUCUGAAUAUCCUGAUGGCACCCCUUUUUCCUUUGCUUCACAGAAUGAUAGGCAAAAUGAAGAUCUCCCCUUUGUUUCUCAGACAUUGGGUGACAAUGUGUCUUCCGAAAUACACUCAACAACAUUCAUUUCUCACCCUCAUGAAAGCACAGAUAUUACCUGGGGACCAGAUCCAUUUCAGGAUAUUCUUGGCUUUCCCGAAAAUAUUUCUGCCCAGCAUGAUCAGGUGGUAGACAAUGCCUGUUACAUAAACGAUGAGAAUGUCAAAAGAACCGAUUUUGGCGAGUGGGUUGAUCAGUUAAUGUCAAUUGAUGAUUCUCUUCACCCAAACUGGAGUCAGCUUCUUGGUGAUGACAAUGCAGCAGAACCAAAACCAAAGGUUCCUCAGUUGCUGGAGAUACCAUCUGGAGAAGUUAAUGGCAAUUCAGCAGCAACCACACCACAGACUAAGACUAGAAUGCGUUGGACUCCAGAACUUCACGAGGCCUUUGUGGAAGCAGUCAAUCAGCUUGGUGGUAGUGAGAAGGCUACUCCAAAGGGUGUGUUGAAUCUGAUGAAAGUUGAUGGCCUUACCAUCUAUCAUGUAAAAAGCCACUUGCAGAAGUAUAGAACUGCCAGAUACAAACCAGAGCCAUCAGAAGGAACAUCAGAGAAAAAGACGACUCCAAUAGAAGAAAUGAAAUCUCUAGACUUAAAAACGAGUAAAGGGAUCACUGAAGCAUUACGAUUGCAGAUGGAUCUCCAGAAGCGACUUCACGAGCAACUUGAGAUUCAGAGAAAGUUACAAAUUCAAAUCGAAGACCAAGGGAAACGUCUUCAGAUGAUGUUUGAGAAACAACGAGAGAUGGGUGACAAGAAGGUUAAUGGCUCCUCCGGAGAGGUGGCAGCAGCUGCUGCAACCACCACCACCGCUAUCACCGCCACCCCAUCAAACACUGUGCUUCCUUCUUCUCCUCCAGUAGAAACCUCAAAUGAGGGAAACACUGUGCUUCCUUCUUCUCCUCCAGUAGAAACCUCAAAUGAGGGACGCGAGAAAAUGAUGCAUGGAGAGAAGAAUGGAAGCACAAAGCAAAAAACAAGUGAAGGUGAAGAUGAAGAUGAAAUUGCACCAGCUACAAAACGGGUGAAAAGUUCAUAACAGUUGGAUUGUGUAAUGGUUGUAGGAUGAUAUUUGGGAUGUAAUUCAUUGCCUAGAAUUGUUAAAUAUUCUUGGACUUGUUUGGAAUCCAUGGAAGUUGUAGAAAUAUUUUUGGAAGUUUCAACGUGCUUAUCGUCUUCUUUUUCCUUCUAAAA